GGCUCUCGGGAGCUUUGGUCUAGGGAGUGGUAACGUCUGUUUCUGCGUGGGUCAAUAUAAGUUAGUCCAAAGCUAGAGUCGGGUGUGGUGGCUGGUGCACGCCUUUAAUCCCAGCAUUCGGGAGCUGAGGCAUGCGGAUCUCUAUGAGGAAACUGAGGCCCAGAGAGGUUAAGUGUAUUGGCCAAAGUCAAACAGCUAGUAAGUGAUGGAGCCAGGACUCAAGCUCAGCUUAGGAGCCAUGUCCACCUUGUUCCCUUCACUCUUCCCUCGUGUGACUGAGACACUGUGGUUUAAUCUGGACCGACCCUGUGUGGAGGAGACAGAGCUGCAGCAGCAGGAGCAGCAGCAUCAGGCCUGGCUCCAAAGCAUCGCAGAGAAAGACAACAACCUGGUACCUAUUGGCAAGCCUGCCUCAGAGCACUACGAUGACGAGGAAGAAGAGGAUGACGAAGACGAUGAGGACAGUGAAGAGGACUCAGAAGACGAUGAGGACAUGCAGGACAUGGAUGAGAUGAAUGACUAUAACGAGUCAGCUGAUGAUGGAGAGGUCAAUGAGGUGGACAUGGAAGGCAACGAACAGGAUCAGGACCAGUGGAUGAUCUAGGUAGACAAGCCAAGGUGGCCUCAGGGUGAUUCCAGGCCACCCCAACCUAUUUUGCAUCCACAGCCUCAGCCCCUCAACCUGAAGAACCAGCUUGUGGCUGUAGUGCCUAAAGCUUUGCCUUAGGCACUUUCUCAGCUGCUGCCAGGACAAGGUCUUCUUGGGCCCUUGCAGGCCAUCAGUCUUCCUUGAAUCCCUGGAGCCUGAGCCUACCCCACCUUCCUGGCUGGUACCUCAUUCCUUGGUUGCCAGGUGUGGUCCCUUUCUAACCCUCUUAAUAAAGACACAGGACUGACUCUUUCCCCCAAUGUCUAUUCCCUAUUUGUUGGUGGGACCCAGAGGAGUUCAGCAUCUUCUCCUGGAUAUUGGGAAGGGGUCAGGUGAGGGAUCUCAAGCAAACCUAACGGGUCAUGUGGGCUAGGAUGGAGCCCAGGCCUCUGUGCUUGAUAAUUCCUGUGGCCUCGCUUGCACCCAGAAGCUCCUACAGGGCUCAUUGCCUGCAGCUC